AUGGCCAGCCCAGCCUCCAUCCGGCCGUCAAUCGGUCGGAUACUUCAGCAGAGCAGCAAGGGCUGCCCCUCGAGCUGCUACAGCCUCCCGAUCCUCAUGUCCAGACCCGUUCAGAGCUCCCCCUUCUCCACAACCCCUGAGCUGCAAGAACGCCGGCCAAAGCGCGACAACAAUCGACUGCGUGGCCUGAGUAGUCUCUACAGGUCCGGGUUCAAGGCAAGCAUGGCAAUUGACGGAGUGGAGAUCCCGAAGCCCGCCAAGUACAAGCCCGAAAUCAAGGUCGACCCCAACCACGGCCUGUGGGACUUUUUCUAUGAGAAGGACAAGCUGCUGCAGACGCCCGAGGAAGACUCUCAGCAUGGUCGGGCUUGGACCGUGGAGGAGCUGCGACACAAGAGCUGGGACGACCUGCACAAACUAUGGUAUGUGUGUGUCAAGGAGCGCAACCGCAUUGCCACGGCGACUCGUGAACGGAAGCGCAUAGCUCUGAGGACCGGUGAUGACGAGAGCGAGGAGAGAGACAGACAGGUAUUGCGGACGAUGAAAGCUAUCAAGUUCGCACUUACGGAGCGUUACUACAGCUGGGAGGAUGCGAGGAAGCUGGCCGAGGAAGACCCCGAGGUCAACCUGUCUAACACCAAGAAUCCAUAUACCCCAUUAAGCUAUCUGGAGGAC